GCGCAGAUUGCUUUAUUGGAAACUGGUUAAAUUAGGCUAAAGAAGGGUCUUGGGGACGCUACCCUAACAGCGGUGAGAGGAAUGCUUUACCUGCCAUCCUGUGACAUCCUCCAGCUCCCCUUCCCAAAGAGGCAGAUGGAUUACAGAAAUGAAUCAAGGUCACUUGGCAAAACCCAGCCGCUGAGGAUUUAAGUGAGACUAACUCAGGUUCGAGGAGGAUCCAAGGCGAUUCCAGGCACAGACAAGCACAGACCAUGGGCACCCUGCAAGAAAUGAAGAAGCUGCAGUUGUCCGUAGACAAUUACAUUUCAGACACCCUGAGUUACAUUUCAACAGUCCAGGGCUUCCUUGACAAGGAAUCUGAGUGGUUCCGUAAAAGGAAGGAAGAGAUGAAUAAGAUGAAGGACAUCGGAAAGAAAGCAAAAAAUAUGACAAUAAAGUUGAGUAUCAGAAUGAAGAAGCUGGAGAAGCAGCUGAGUGCUGUGGUGAAGGACGUGAUCAGUGGGCUGAAGGAGCAGCAGCCAUUCCUGGAAGCCCUGGAGAUGCUGGCGGUCACGUCGCCAUUCGUCUUUGAUGAAAGAGUGUGCUGGUUCCCCACAGGAAACACAGUGACUGAUGUAAUUUCAUUCAUCUAUGCUGCCAAGAUGUCACGUGGCUUCCUGGUUUACUUCAAGGAGGAUACUGAAAACAAUUUCCAGCCCAUUCUUCUUAAUGUGGAAAUUUUGGUUUCUGAGCUACAAGCAAUGAUAGGUUAUUCCCAGGACAUCUGUGAGAUAAUGAAGAAAAGAUGCAAAGAUAUGGUAUUCCAAAGAUGGAAUUCUGGGAUACAACAUACCUGCCCUCAGUUGUACAUUCACCUGAGCCCUGACACUGUCAACAUGAUGAGUAACCAUGUCAAUAAUUUGAGCAAAAUCUGGGCUAAUGAGGACUUCAGACUGGCUUUCAUGUUCGGAAAUGAAGAAAACUGUCUUAAGUUCAUUGACCUCCUCAACCAACAAAAACCCAAGAUCCUGGGAUCCCUGGCAGAGAUGGAAGCGUGUGCAGUACAGCUCGACAAAAUGAAGAAGGGGGCGGAUAUCUCCAGUGUUGCUGGCAGCACUGUGGGGGUGGGUGCUGGGGUGGUGUCCAUAGUUGGGCUGGCCUUGGCCCCAGUGACACUGGGGGCAUCCACCAUACUCACUGUGAUUGGGGGGGUUCUUGGAGCUGUUAGUGGUGUAAGCAGUGUAACUACAGGCAUCACUCAAUUUGGAAUUAAUUCUCGUGAGAAAAAUAAAUUUAAAGAAAUCUGUAAUGGCUUUUUGGAGGAUUUGAAACCUGUGUUGGAAUGUUUAGCCGAAGUGAUGAUUAUUAAAGAUCUAUCAGUGGAGACUGAUGCAGAGAAAACAGCUAGCAAAUGGGAAGAUCAUGCGAAAAAGGUUAGAAUAAUUGCUACCGGUGUUAGCAGUCUUUAUAAGGUCAUUGACAUUGCUGUGGAUUGUUCCAAAGCAGCGAAAUCGACAGAUGCAGCAUUCGAUCUUGCUGACAUUGGUACCAAAGUAGCCCGCAAAGCCAUCUCCUCACCUUUAAGGGGCUUUUUCCUUGUCAGUGGUGCAGCAUUCAUUGGACUGGACCUAGUUUCCAUUACAAUGAAUAGCAUCAGCCUGGCUAAUGGGAGCAAAAGUGAUAUUUCCAAAGCCAUCCGAGGGCAUAUGGAUUUUUGGAAGAUCCGUUUGGAUGCAUGGGAGCAGAUCGUUGACUCCCUGCUUAGAGGCAAACAGGAUUUCCAGGAGAGUAAGACCAUUCUGGGGAAGCCAUUUUAUCCAGAACUGUAGAGAAAGUGCAGUCAACUGGAGGUUUGUAACUGCUGUCGCAUAAACUGCUCUAUUUGAAAAUGGUUUAUAUCCAAGCAGUCGGUUAUAAGUCUAGUCAUACUUAUAUCUGUCUACAUUUAUUUGUUUAGGGUUCGGAAAGUUUAGAGGUUUGAAAGAAUGCAUCUAUGUAGCCUCAUUGUUCUGUUAUUCAAUGAAAUUACUGAGUAUUGGCAUAUGACUAGAAGCAGCUGGACGUGUUUGUGGUGAGAAUUUGGAGAACAACCAAGCUAGUAAUUAUCCUAAUUAACAACUCAACUUCCUCUGCUUUCUGAACAAUCUCUUGAUAAGCUUUCACUCAGCAGAAGUUAGUUCCCACUGCUUCCAGUGCCACACAGUGAAGUUCUGCUUUUCUUUGCUAUGUUAAUUCAGUAGCAGACAAUUGUAAAUGUAACAUACACUCUGUGGCCAGUCGAUUAGGUUAACCAGCUUGUUAGUGCAAACAGCCUGAACCUCAAAACAUCAAAUUGUGUGGCUGCAACUGAAUACAUACAGCACACAGACAUGGCCAAUAGGUUCAACUACUGUUUAAGAAUGGCCAAGAUGCCUGAUCUAACUGCUUUCGAUCGCGAUGUUACUGUGGGUGAUAAAAGCGGAGAUUCCAGCAUCGCAGAAACAGAAGCUCUCCUGAGAUUUUUGCGCAGUACAUUGUCGUGAUUUUAGUGGGAAAUGGUUUUUAAAAACAUCCAGUCAGUGGAAAUUUCUGUGGUUGAUAACAUCAUAUUAGCGUGGUUAGAGGUCACCGGCCAGGCUCACAGAAUCAAAGCUCACAGAAAUCCCCAAGUGCAAAUGUCACAUCAGUGCAACUGUAGCUUGUUUGAAUGCUUAAAUUUCUCAGGUAUUGCUUUGCAGAGAUAUACCUAUAAUGCUUUUAGUUUGUGCAUAUUAAAACUUUUGACUGGUUUUCUUUGGGAAAAAAACUGAAUUAGAUUUAAGCAGCAUAUAAUGUCUGACGAGUUUCUAUUUCUUAUGAUUAUCAUUUAUACUUUUUGAUAUGAUAUAUAGUGUGAUAUCUGCAUGUUUUCUGACUACAUUCUGGGGUAAAACGUCUAUAUUUUUAAACUUCACAUCUGCAAAUGUCAUGUUGUGUUAUAGCGAAGGUGUUAAUAAAAAGCAAUAAAUUGAAUAGAAAAAGCUA